UGCUUCAAACAAUUUCAAACCCUCGUCCCAGAUUCGGAGUGCACGUCAUGGAGGACCAACGAUUUCCCCUGAAUGUUAGACUUCUUGGAGUGAUGCAUAAGGAGACCAACAAGUUGUACAUGACUUCAGUGCUUUGGUCGGAUCAAAAUGAGAUCGUUGUCUACAGAUCUUUCGAAGAGUUCGAAGAUAUGCAUAGACAACUGAAGAAGAAAUUCCAGGCUUCCGGCACACUUAGAAAAUCAGAUAGAGUUAUUCCAAAGUUCAAAAUCGCAAAGGGCAAGUCCAAUGCUCAGAAAAAAACUCCCAGCAAAUCUGUGCUCAGGCUCAAGACUUUGGAACAGUACUGCAACGAAUUGCUGUCCUGUGAUCCCCGCGUUCCUCAAAACUCAGACCUGAUCCAGUUUUUCCUUCCAAAAGAUCAGGACCUUAAGCCUGAAUUUGCAAGGAACAGCAUUGUUAUCAUGCCAUCUGAAGAUACUGUGGAAAGCACAGUUGGGGGAGGCUCGGAUGGGGGCGUUACACAGCCAUUUGUGACAGAGACAUACCGCUGCAUCGCCCCCUAUGAGACCAAAGACACCAAGAACAGACCAUUCAAAGUUGACGUUGAUGAGACUGUGGAUGUGCUCAUUAAAGACAAAGGAGGGUGGUGGUUGGUGGAAAAUGAAGCUAAAUGUCUUGCAUGGUUUCCUGCACCUUAUCUUGAGAAGCCUGAAGAAGAUAGUCUUGACUCUGAUCCAGAAACCAACUAUGAUGAAAGUACAUUGUAUGUGGCUUCAAGAUCCUAUAAAGCUACAAGCAGAGAUGAGCUGUCUGUGGAGAUUGGCUCUGUGGUUGAGGUGCUUCAAAAAUCUGAAAAUGGCUGGUGGUUAAUUAGAUACAAUGUCAAGACAGGGUAUGUGCCUGCCAUGUACCUUCAGCCAUACAGCCACCCUCGUGUCCGCAUGGCACCAAAGCAAAAUAACAGGCAGAGCCCUAACCUCAGCCUGGCCCAGCUACAAGUUCCAGCCAGAGGUUCUUCACAGCUCCCCAGCAACACGCUGAGCCGUUCCCAAGGCAAUCUCCUACAGCUCCCAGGACUGAACCCUGCUGACAAGCUCAGGUCUCGAUCUACGGAUGUUCUUAGUGAUGUCCAGCCUUCUUCUUCCAUAUACCAGGUGCCCGUCACCAUCUCCGUGGAGACGGACGUUGACGGCCGGGAGCGGAGCAUGAGCAACGGCAGCUAUGGUAGCGAAUUCAGUGACUUCAGCGACGAGAGCACCUCAUCAGGCGGUGACUCAUUAAACCUGAGCCAUUCUUACAAGGAGGAACAGCUCCGUAGGAGCCGUACGCCACCUCCGAUGGUAACCGGUCGUCUGCACCCUGAGAGUGCUGCCGCGGGAAAGCUGACACCUAGCAGCUCUGACCCCAACCUCUUUAAGAUCCCAACAACCCCCAAAGUGCCUCCACGCCCCAGAGCCCAAGAGAUUCUCCAGCGCUGCACAACCAUCACCCGCAAGAAUGCCCUGAACACCAAAAACCAGCUGGUCCCUCAACUAGAGACUAUUACAAGUCAUUGAAGUGAAUGAUGGAACACAAACUGAAGUCAGGGUAGCUCAAGUGAAUAAGUUAUGCUGAAUUUUCUCAGCAGAUUCUGAAGUGUGCACUGGUCUCUGUACUUGUUUUCAAACUUCAGGAGAUGAAGCAAAACAAUGUUACAAGGACAUCAGCAACUUUGUGUCUUUAUUAGAUAUAGAUUGCUUUGUGGAACUAUACAGUAUAGACUGUUAUGUAAUGUCAUUUACGGUGUCUUUUUUCCAUGUUUAUAGAUUUAAUUUACCUAUUAAUAUUUUGAUUGUGAAUACUACCAUAUAAGCCUUGUUAUGCUGUGCAUAUUUCCAUGUAUGACUUUUUUUUAAGUAUAAUAUAUGUUUUUGAAGGACACUGGUGAUUUAUGUUUAACUGAAGGAAAAUACUGAAAGCUAGUUUGUUUUACAAAUGUUAUGUUAUACUAGUUAUACUAAAAAAAGAAAACAACUGGUCUACCUAUGGUGAAGGGAAAAGUCUGUUGAGUUUUCUCAAUGUAAGGAAUCUUUAACUGCAAAUGAAUUGUGUGUCUUCUUUUUACUGUUACAUGUCUUGUUCAUCUUUACCCUUUUGGAUCAAAUGUCAUUUUAUCAAUCAAAUGUAAUUUUUCCAUACUGGAAAAAAAAAAACAUAUGUUGUGCCUCAUAUGCAUCGUUUAACUUAACUGAUUUUGUUUUCUG